AAGAAGAAGAUGAAAAUAAAGCGCAGUAAAUCUCUUUCUCCUGAACCAUCUAGUAGCAAAGAUACAAAACGUAUCAAACUUGAAGAAAUUACAAAUUUAAAUGGAACAUCUCUGAAUAUUCUUGAAUUCUCAGAUGAUGUUUUACUUAAUAUAUUAAAAUUUUUAUAUCCUCAAGAUCUUAUGGCAAUCAGCUUAUGUUGUCAAAGAUUUGCACAGUUAACGCAAGACAGAACUCUGUGGAGAAGAGUAGAUUUUCGAACAAAACCGAUAUUUCUAGAUGAUUUGAAUCAAUACAUGAAAUUUUUACAACCAAUAACAAUGAGUUUGGCAAUGCGUGGUGAUCUGAUUUCUCAUGAACGUUCGUCUCUUACACUAAAGUUUUUUAAUAAUGUGAAAAUGCUAUGUGAUCAACUCAAAGAAUUAAUCAUUGAAGAAUAUUACAUCAAUGGAGAUAAGAUUCAUAUAACAGAUUUUCCUGGCACUAUUGAAAAGCUUUCAUUAGAAGGUUGUAAAAUGAAUUACCUACAAAGUAAUAAAUCUUAUUUUUUUAAAAUGGAUCUUCACAUGCCUAAUUUGACAUGUUUGAUUUUAAGUAAUUGUGAGUGGUUUACGCCGCAUUCCUUACUAGUUAUUAGCAAAAUACCAAAACUUAAAGAACUUAGACUGAACUCAUGCCAUCGUCUGGGCGAGUGUGUUGCAUAUGCUAGUUUAGCAACUAGAUUUGGAUUCAAAACAUUAGAGGUUUUAGACUUACGUGAUACAGCACUUGGUGAUAGUGAAGUCGGUUGUUUUAGUAGCACUAAAACAUUAACACAUCUCUAUUUGGAAUGUCCUUCGACAUGGAGAAAUGAAGAAUCGCCCGAAGUUAUACAACAGCGGCAACAGGCUUUGCGAUUACCUAUAUUUGAAGAUGGUAAUCUAGCACAGUUUUUAGUCGAGGAUGGAUUUUCUUUUGAGAAUUAUGGAUUUCAACGAUGUUUGAUAUCAGAUAGAGCAAUCUGUGCACUUGGAAGUGAUACUUGCGAUAGAGAAGUUGUAAAUAGCUUCCUUGCUCCACAAGGAAUGAUAAUAUUACGAGAAGAUAGACGAAUAUCUAAUAAUCCAAAUCUUAAAACGUUAGUUGUUAGAAAUUAUCCACGUGUAACGAAUUCGAGUCUUACCCAUUUGGUUUCAAAUGCAUCGAGAUUAGAAUACUUGGAUGUUACUGGUACUUCUGUGACAAGAGAUGGUGUUGAAGAGUUUAAAUCACGAAAAAACAAUGUUAAAGUGGUCUCGUCAUUUGAUGAAACAUAGUUAAGGUCAUGUCUAGCAAAUUAGAAAUUAAUGAAUAUAUUAAUCCUUUCCGUUUAGAAAUUAUAAAUACUUUUUGAAAAGUAUUAAACUUUUAUAUUUUUUUAAAUACUACGUUGUGCUUCAAGAUAGGAUUUACUUAAGACUUCUGACUACUCGAUCAAGAACGUGUUUGGCGACGGUGGUACAACACUAUAACGUGGUAGAAAUUAGAACCUUGUUUAUUAUUAAGACCCGUUCUACAAUAUGUCGAUGUUAUAAGCCGUAAGAAUUGACCAAUCACAGUUAAAGUAAACACAGUAAAGAGAACACAAAAUAAU